GGAAAAGGGUUAUGUUUACAUUUCAAACAAGCUGAUGGCUGAUGUGUUUUGAUUAAACUGCAGGUUUAGCUUACCCUAGUAUUUUCUUCGCUUCCAAAGAUGAGUGGAUGAUUUAAUGAACUACUCCAAAAUGACCACGAAUGAAAAAUGGUUAAAAUUCUACAAAGAUUUUGGCGCAAACCAGAAAAGUUCACAAGGUAGCAUAUUUUGGAGUAGUUCAGAGUCUGAUCUUGAAGAUGUUAGUUUAAAGUCUCCAGUAAAGAGAAGAAGAAACUCAUCCAGUGAUAAAAGUGAAAUUUCCGAAGAUGAAAUUUCAAGAGAAAGGAACCAUCUCGCCCAUCUCUAUCAAAAUGUCAAAGGCGUUCUUCAAGGUCAAGGUCAAAUCGCUUGUCAAGUGUAAGCGGCUUGAAUUUAUUUGGAGUAUUUCCAGUUAUCAAUUCAUAUCACUAGGUAUCCGGUAUAAAGUGGAUGUUUUGUGCAUUAUAAGUUUAUUUUUACGUAUUGCAUUACGUAGAUAAGGUCAGAGGGAAAGGACGUCCUCUUCGACAUCACGUUAAAGCACUGUUUUUCGAAAAUACAUCGAUAUGGACUGUUUUUCCAGGCUGAACCAAUUCGUGUGGUUGUAACCGGCGCUGCUGGCCAAAUUGCCUAUUCCCUGCUGUACAUGGUUGCGAAAGGCGAUGUUUUCGGCCCCAAUCAACCCCUAAUUCUCCAUCUGUUGGACAUCCCCCCGAUGAUGGGCGUGUUAGAAGGAGUCGUGAUGGAGCUUGCGGACUGUGCUUUGCCUUUGCUUCAUGGUGUUGUCCCCACUGAUGACCCAGCUGUUGCAUUUAAAGAUGUGUCUGCUGCUUUUCUUGUGGGUGCAAUGCCUAGGAAACAGGGCAUGGAAAGGAAAGAUCUGCUUUCGGCUAACGUGAAGAUCUUCAAAGUGCAGGGAGAAGCUCUAGAUAAGCAUGCUAAAAAGGAUGUGAAGCAGGUCUUGGUUGUUGGUAACCCAGCAAAUACAAAUGCCCUGGUUUGCUCAAAAUAUGCCCCAUCCAUACCGAAGGAAAACUUCACAGCUAUGACCAGACUUGAUCAAAACAGGGCACAAGCUCAAAUUGCACAAAAAGUUGGAGUACCAGUUGGAAAUGUAACAAAUGUGAUAAUUUGGGGUAACCAUUCUUCAACACAAUUCCCCGACGCCUCACAUGCCUUAGUCAACAUUAGUGGCAAAGAGGUAAAAGCUACAGAGGCAGUUAAAGAUGAUAACUGGAUGAGAUCUGUGUUUGUUGAUACUGUACAGAAAAGAGGCGCUGCCGUGAUAGCCGCCCGCAAGAUGUCAUCUGCAAUGUCGGCCGCCAAGGCCGCGUGCGACCAUAUGCGCGACUGGUUCUUAGGCACCGUCCCCGACAAAUUCGUGUCGAUGGGCGUCAUCAGCGACGGCAGUUACGGCGCCCCCAAGGACGUCGUCUUCUCCUUCCCAGUCGCCACCAAGGCGGGCAAGUGGCAGAUAGUCCAGGGCCUUCCAGUCGACGAUUUUGCGAAGAAAAUGCUCGCCGCUACCGGCAAAGAGCUUGAAGAGGAGAAAUCAGAGGCGAUGUCCGUCAUCGAAGCAUGACUAGUUAACAAGCUUUAAGUUGUUUUAUUGGGAGUUGUCCGUUCGAAGAUGAUGAUUUUUUUCUUUGGCAGCUGCACUAUACUAACGCACGGCUGGUACGGUGUUCUAACAGUUUUAUAUUGUUUCAAAAUAUACAAACCUUCAUGCCAAAAAUCCGGAAACAGGGGUACUUUACGUGAAAUGUAUAUAUUUUUACAUCCGACUUUUGGUUAAUGGAUAAACUAUAGGAGGAGUUUUAGAAAAACUAUCCUAGGUAUUUAUAUUCCUAAGGGCAUAUGUACAUCUUUAUCAGUUAUUUUUUAUUAUAUUUAUUACAGCCUGGUAUUUAACACCAACAUUUUAAAACAAGAUAAUUUCCAAAUAUGUCUUUUUUACAGUUUUUAUGAGUAUGACCAUUAUAAAGUUUAUCAAGGCUUAUCAUGUGUGAAACUGAUAUUGGUUUAUGGUAUGAUUUCAGUGAUAAAGAUUUUACGAUGUCCUGUGUAUAAUUUUAUUAAAAAAUGGUGCUGCUAUUAUAUGUAUUUUUCGAACAGCAAUUGAAAAAAUUAUUCUAUCUCAUCAAGAUAAAAUAUUUCAGUAUUUAUCCACAUACUCAAGUGAUUUGACAAAAAUUAUUUCUGAGGUUUGUCCUUUUUAUUUUUUUAAACUCUUUUAGAGAAAUUUCGCAAAUAAAAUUACGCAAAUGAUUCUUUUCUAGAACUGGCGCGCAAAUGUCUAGCCUCCAUUUGUGCAUAAAUUAAUAAACCAAUUUUGUCCACUGAUAUGCAGUAAAACGGUCAGUCAGAUACGAAAAAAUACAAGAGGCAAAGAUGCCCCCUUUUUUAAAUCAGCCUCUUAAUACAGCAAAUAAUAUUGCCAAAUAUAUUAAUAAAAAACAUUUUUAAUUUACCACCGUGAAAUACCGCAUUUCCGGGCCCAUGUUCAUAAUAAACGUUUUUCAAAUUUUUAAACAAGGAAUCACCCUUUAGAAUAUCUCCGUCUAUUCGGCGAAAAUUUGAAUUUUGCGUUUUUUGACUAAUCUUCUUCAAACUAAACUAUUUCCACACGAGCAGAGCCGCGGAUUGGGCCUAGUAUAUUUUUAGCUACAUACUAAUUUAAUUUUAAAUACUGUGUGUUCAUAAUGAUGCAUUUUUCCUGUUUUGUCCCAAAAAUUUCAGAUUAAUCCCAAUGCGAUUCCUCAUCAAACUUCUUGAAGCUUGUUUUUUUUUUAAAUUACCUUUAAGGCGAAUGUCAAACGCAUAUUUUAGAGCUAUAAUCAUCUUUGAAAAAUCUAAAAAAAAAAUACUCUCAGGUCCAUAUUCAAACUUUUAUCAUAAAAACUAUCCCUAAAUAAAUUUAUUGCAAUCUGUUUCUACAUUAUUAUAAACUGCACCUUGAUCUGACUUAUUUUUUAAUGAAAAAACUAAAAUACCGCCAUUUUUUUUAAUUUUCAAGAACAUAAUUCUAAUUUAGCAAUACUAGGGAAUUUCAUACUAAUUUGAAUUUAAAUUACUGAGCUUCAAUUUAUGAUUUAAAUUUGAAAUAACUGUGAUCCGCACCAUGAGAAUUUGCUAAUGAUUCUGUCAGUGUCAGUGGAUGUCUAGGCUUCAAAAUUAGUAUAUGUGAUAAAUACUGAUCGUAUGACAUUCGCCUGAAUCUUUUUUUUAAGUAUGGUUUUAGUGUAAAUUGAGGGAUUAUUUUUUGAACAUUUUUUUUUUAUAAUUAUAUUAAUAUUUUGAAUAUGGUUGCUGGAUUAUUGUUAAAAUUAUUCAUUUUGUAUAAAGUAUUCUGUAUUGACUACCGUUUUUUUUUUAAAUAUAAACCUAGGUAAAUUGUUAAAUGUAUGAUAAAAGGUUCAUCCUCUUGUGAACUCUCCAAAUAUAAUUCAUGUAUAUAAUUGUCUCUUAUUCCCUACAAGCACAUAAUAGAGAGAUUUUAGUGAGACAGAAAUAACGUUACGUUAUUUUUUACAGCAAUGGCAAAUAAGAAUCGUGGAAUACUGAGAGUCAUAACAGGUGGGUCAAUGACAGUGUCAUCACAUUGACAAUCACAACGUGCAUUCCCGACAGAUAAGCACGACACGCUUUUCCGAAGGGCAAUCACAGCGUGCAUUCCUGAAAGGCAAUCAUGGCGUACAUGCCCGAAGGGCAAUCGCGAGUGC